AUGGAAAAUUUGUAUUCAGAUUGCGGAGUUCGAUCGUUUGUGCGACAACCUCGUUAUUUGUACAAUGAUCCAUUCGAUGGCGGCGGCGUUUGGUAUAAUAAUUCACGUAAUCCAAAAAUUAUGUACGGAACUCCGACAGUAGAAGGACAAUAUCCUUGGCAAGUGUCCUUAGAAUUGCUUCAUCCAUCGUUUGGAUUUAUCGGGCAUUGGUGCGGAGGCGUAUUAAUUGAUGAAUUGUGGAUUAUAUCGGCUGCGCAUUGUGUACAUAAUGAUCUAUUUAAUUUGCCCUUACCUGCAUUAUGGACCGUUGUUCUUGGCGAAUAUAAUCGCACAGAGGAAAGCGGUUUGGAGCAACGAAUUCCCGUCGAUAAAAUUGUGAUGCACGAGAAAUAUCAUCAUUUUAAACAUGAUCUUGCAUUAUUUAAAUUGUCAAAGCCUGCCAGAAUAUCAUUUAGCUCACAAGUAGCUAAAAUAUGCUUACCAUUUGCUGAUGCAUCGUCAGCAGCAUACAAAAACCCAACAUAUGAUGAUCUCGAUAAGAAUUACAGCAAUUUGGACAGAGACAACAAUAAUUUACGUAAUUUCCGACAAGGACGUGGCAUGAGAAGAAAAGUUUUGCCAAAAACGGCGAAACAGAUGGUUCAAACAUUGUUAAGCAGUAAAAGUAACACAAGAAGAGAAUCUCGCAAAAUUACCCGACGACGAAAUGACAAAUUUGCCGGAAAUCUUUUUGGCAGUAAACGACUCAUUUCGAACGUUUGGAACACAGAUAUUUAUUCGCCAACAGAAGAUGUUGCAUACUAUGAGUGCAUUGCUACAGGUUGGGGUAUCGAGAAACCAAAUGGCGAUCUAACUGACGUUUUGUUGCAAACGAAAGUCCCUAUACAUGCAAAUGAUCGAUGCGACGAUGUUUAUAGUUCUUUUCUCAAACUACAUCGAGGGCAUUUAUGUGCCGGAAAUUUGAAUAAAGAAGGCGGAACGUGCGUUGGAGAUAGCGGAGGUCCUCUUCAAUGUCGACUUUCGAAAAAGAGUCCGUGGAUUCUCGUUGGAAUAACAUCAUUUGGUUCAGGCUGUAGCAUUCCCGGAUAUCCAGAUGUGUAUACUAAAAUUUCAUAUUAUCGAAAAUGGAUUUUAGACUCAAUUAAGAAAAAUUGAAAAAUAUGAAAAGAAAAAUGAUUCAAGUGCCGUUGUUAUUUACA